AUGGCUUGUUAUAAAUUAUUUAACGGAGAUUUACCCGAGUUAACUUAUUAUAUAGUACAAUAUUUACGAGAUGAACCAAAAUCAUUAUAUUCAUGCGCACUAAUUAAUCGACAUUUAUGUCGAAUUACGAUCCCAAUGAUUUGGGAAGAUCCUUUUUCCGUCAGGUUCAAAUCGUGGGGAGGACCUUAUGGUUUUAUGGAUCUUUUUUCAUAUUUUCUUGGUGAUGACGAUAAAGAAAAUUUUAGAGAUUUUGGAAUUGUUAUCAAGUCAAAUGAACUAACACCUUUAUUUAAGUAUCCCACUUUCAUCAAAACAUUGGUAUUAUCACAUUUAGAAUUGCACCUGAAUAAUUGGAUUCGUCACCGUACACAACCUCGUGAUUCCUACAACACCGAAUAUAGUAACAAAGUCAAAGGAUUUGUCUGCCUGACCUAUAUUAAAUUAUUCGUAGAAAGUGAUGCUACUUUAAGUAGAUUAAGUAUGAAAAGCAGCGUUUCUUAUGACAAAUUUUUACCCGAAUUGUUUGAAAUCAUUUUCCAUAGUACAAAAUUCAUAUCAAAUAUUAAGAGGCUUAACAUUGCCUUAAGUGAAACUGAUCGUUCGAACAUUCAAGAAUUCGUGCUGACUUUAUCAACAUUAGCACCUUACAUUGAACAGGUUGAAUUUUCUGAUUUUAACGGGAAUCUACCGGCUGUUAUCACACCACAAAAACAACUUUCAUCUUUAACCCUUAAAGAAAUACAGAUGGACGAUCAAAUAUUGGAUGCCAUUGAGCAAUGUUUUAGAACUUUAAAUUCAAUCAAGUUUAUGAACUGUGAAUUUAAACAGGUGACAUCAUUUGAUGCGCUAAACUCUUUCACCAACUUACAUCACCUCUUAUUCCAACAUAGUGAUGGAUUAAAGAAUCAAAUGUUUCAACCGUUAAUUGAUAACCCCACUUCAUUAAAAGUUAGAUCCUUGAGAUUAGUUGGAAAACUCACGGAAUAUUCCUCUUUAUUACAAAAGAUUGGUCCUCAUGUGGAGAAUUUGGUCAUCAAAUUAUCAUUUUCCCAUCAUGAAAGUAAUGCUUUUGAUAGUGUUAUCAAGUACUGUACAAAGGUCAAAUUCCUUCAAAUAUCUAGUAUUGAUGCUUUAGAUAUCCCUCAAAUAUGUGAGUUGAUCACUAGCAUCGGCGCUCAUCUCGAAUACCUUUCCCUUAAAAUUUUAUUUGCAUUAAAUAUACCUUGUAUAUUGAUCAGUUCAAAACUUCUGAAUGAGUUGGGUCCCGUGUUAUCAAAACACUCGAGUUCAUUAAAAUAUUUGAACUUGUUCCUUUCAAUCCAUCCGAUCUCCAUGAGAAAAUUUCUUGAUCACGUGCAACAUAUCGAUCUGAAAAAGUUAUUAAUUAGGAAUUGUCAUUACGAAGAUGUCGAUGUCGCUUUUGACGUUUUGAAAGAGUUUUCAGAGGAGCAAGUUAUAGACGAUUUUGUAUAUGAGAUUGUUGAUUAUUUUUGCAUUCACACCAAAGUGAGGAACUACAUCGAUGAAGUUCAAAAGAACAAAUAUCCAGAUUUGGUCUUACGUAUUCCGGAUUUUGAGUGA